GACUUCCGGGUAAGUUUCCCGUCCUGGAAUUUCUGAACUUUCUCGGAGUUCCGAUCCGACCAACUUUGUCCCCUCCCCCCACCCCCCGGUCCCCACCCCCUCAACCCCCACCCCCCCCACCACCACCACACCCCCCCCCGGCUGCCGCGACACUCCGCCUGAUCAUUGUCGGUACUGCGGGAACGGCCCGGCGAAUCCUCCGGAGAACUUACUUCAGUUAACAAGGUUCUGGAGAGAUUGCAGAAUCACAGAGUGUUCCCAGGGGAUCUGGAAAUCAGCUCGGAGCCGGACGGGGGUUGGUCUGGGAAUAUGGGGGCAUCAGCAAGCCACCUCUCCAAGGAGAAGCUUUCUGAGUAUCAGGAGCUGACGUUUUUAACAAAGCAAGAUAUCCUGCAUGCUUAUCGACUAUUCAAACAGCUGCUUUCAGAUGAUUUGAUCGACUUCCAAACCACAAGAGUUCCAAAGGAGAGUAUCUGUGAAAUGCCAGAGUUGAAGGCCAAUCCCUUCCGAGAGAGAAUCUGUCUCGUCUUUUCAACUGCACAUGAAAAGGAUGGCAGCAUGUCCUUUGAGGACUUCUUGGACAUGCUCAGUGUGUUCAGUGAUUCUGCGACUCCUGAGAUAAAGUCUCACUACGCUUUUCGAAUUUUUGAUUUUGAUGAUGAUGGGACAUUGGAUAGAGAGGAUCUGAAGAAACUGGUGAACUGUCUGACAGGAGGCACGGCCGACACCCAACUGACGGAGUCGGAAAUGAACCAGCUGAUCAACAACAUUUUGGAAGAAUCCGACAUUGAUAAAGAUGGAACGGUGAACCUCUCAGAAUUUCAGCACGUCAUCUCCAGAUCACCGGACUUUGUCAGCUCCUUUAAGAUUGUCCUGUGAUAUGAUGAUCAUCUGAGAAGAGAAUGAAUACAAAAAAGCUCUUUGUCCUUAUUGAAAAGCUCACAUCUCUGCUGGUUGCUACAGGCCUGACUACCAUUCAUUUCAGUUUCUUGUUGGUGUGAUUCCGGACUAGAAUUUUUCUCAUCUCAUCUGACACAGACUUUCUUACAUUAGUAUUCAAAAUAAUUAUGUUUCAAAGUUGCUACAUUUCAUUUAAAGGAUGUUUUAUAUCUUGUAAUUAUAAAUGACAACACUUUUAAUAUUUUUACUGCACAAUAAAGGUAUUUUCCUUCUUGGCACUCA